ACGCUGUGUCCGCUGACUCCAAGUGCUGUGCGGCCAAACUCCUGUUCCCCGUCUCGUUGUCUCCAAACACUGAAACCCUAAAAAGCCUUCUUCAAUGGCGACGGCGGAGAAACCCAGGAAGCGCAGACUCAUCAAGAAAUCAGACCAAUCCAAAAUCCCAAUCAGCAAAGCCAAGAAGGCCAAAACCCUAGACGAAUUCCCCAUUCCUUCCACAAAGCAGAAAGACCCAGAGCAACAACCCCAACAGGACGACUUUGACGAUUCCGAUUCCGAUUCCGAUACCGAUUCUGAUUCCGAUUCCGAUUCCGAUUCCGGUUCCGAUUCCGAUUCCGGUUCCGAUUCAGACUCGGAGAACCUCUCCUUCCUUCUCGAGCCCUACUCCAAGGACCAGCUCAUCAAGCUCAUCUGCGACGCCGCCACCAAGGACUCCGCCCUCCUCAAUCGCAUCCGCGAGCUCGCCGAUCGCGAUGUCUGCCACCGCAAGAUCUUCGUCCAUGGCCUCAGCUGGGACACCACCAAGGAAGCCCUAAUCACCGCCUUCGAGCCGUUCGGCGAGAUCGAGGAGUGUAAUUUGGUGUUGGACAAGAACACCGGGAAAGCCAAGGGCUACGGAUUCGUCCUCUUCAGGACGCGAAGAGCCACGAUUAAGGCGCUGAGGAAUCCUCAGAAAAAGAUCAUGAAUCGCAUGGCGUCGUGCCAGCUUGCGUCCGUGGGUCCCGCUUCGGCUUCUGCUUCGGCUUCGGCUUCGGGAGUGGCGCCUUCGGCGAUAACGACGGCGCAGGACGCACCGUCGUCGAGGAAGAUUUACGUCAGCAAUGUGCCGACGGGCAUCGAUGUGGAGAGAUUUAGGGCUUUUUUCGCGAAAUUCGGGGAAAUUGAGACCGGUCCGAUCGGUUUCGAUAUUCAGACGGGGAAAUCGCGGGGGUUCGCUCUCUUCGUGUAUAGGACUCAGGAAGGGUUCAAGAAGGCGCUUCAGGAGCCGUACAAGCUGUUCGAAGGGCACCAAUUGCAUUGCCAGAAAGCGGCGGAGGGGAAGAGCAGGAAUCAGGCGCAGGCGGCGGCUCCGCCGCAGGUGCAGCCGCAGGUUGCGCCGCAGCCUCAUCCGGCGAUGAUGGCGGCGGUGCCGCAGAAUUUGGGGUUUUUCAAUCCGAUGAUGUACGGAGGGUUCAUUCCCGGCUCUGUGAAUCCAAUGGCGCUGAAUCCGGGAAUGAUUCCGACGAGCCAAAUCGGCAGUUUGGGCGGAGAGACCUCCUCGGUGCUUGGCGCAUACAAUGGGAAUGCGAAUGCAUCGCUGCCGCCGCAGGUUUACCCGAGUGCCGCGCAGUUCGGGCAGCCAGCAGCGUCUGCCAGUAGACCGCAGGGGACCGGUGGCACCAUCACCGGUUACCCGUCGUCUUACGCGUGAUUAAGUGCAGCUGAUCUUCAAGAUUGAUGGCAAUUCUCUGGGGGAAUGUUUAGAUCCUAUGAACUAGCUCUGGGUCAAUUACUUCAUAUGAGAAAGUAGUUAAUUAUUUUGAAGCUUUAUCGAUUUUCUCGCUUUCUUUUAACUUUUUAGUUUUACCCAAGCUCGAAAAGACCUUGGUCUGUUAUUUUUUUUUUAAUUUUAAUUUUUGUUUUUCACUAUUACUUUCUUUGACUCCUUAUUUGUGAGAUUUGGAUUUUCAGUUUGUUGUUACAGUU